AUGGAGAGAACAAGCAGCAAAUGUAGAAAAGUCGAGGCUAAACAACAUAAGGCUGAAGUCAUGACUGCAGGAGAACAACUCAGGUUGAGACUUCAUGACGUAAAACUGAUUAACCACCUGCGCACAUAUCCUAACUGCUUCAUAGCACAUGAACUUAUAGACUGGCUUUUGAGCCACAAGGAAGCUUCAGAUCCAGCAACAGCUGUCGGUCUCAUGCAGCACCUCAUGGAUCAUGACAUUGUUCACCAUGUGUGUGAUAAGAGACCGGUAUUCAAAGAUGCCAAACUGCUGUACCGUUUCCGUGAGGACGAUGGCACAUUUCCCUUUAAUGCAGAGGUGAAAAUUUUCAUGCGAGGACAAUGUCUAUAUGAAAAACUCAUUAGGGACAAGAACUCCAUUCUGCAGCUGAGAGAGGAGCAUGGUGUAGCAUAUGAGAGCUCCUUUUCUGGCUGCCACUUGAUUGACUGGCUCCUUCAGAACGGAGAGACAGAAAGCCGGUGUCGGGGAUCAGAGCUGUGUCGUGCAUUGCAGGAGCAUGGCAUCAUUCAGCACGUGGAAAAGCAGCAUGAUUUCUUUGACAGUGGACUACUGUAUCAGUUCUGCAUUUGUUUUCACUGCUGCCACCACCUAUCUGAGCUGUUAAGCGAGCAAGACAGUGACAAGGAGGUGAUGGAGUUAUCCCAAAAAGAGAACAGCCCCUACAGUCCAUUUGUUCUGUGUAAAAGCAAAGCCCAGGAGGGCAGCAGUGCCUUCCAGUCUGUGAGGUCAAGUAAAGAGCUGAAACUUACCAGAUGCUAUCCAGGCAGCUUGAGUUUCCUUCAGCUUCACUCUGCUGGAUUUUCACCUUUUGUCCAUCUGUGUUCAACCUCAGUGGUGAGAUGCAAUCCUAAAUCAGUGCUUGGAAGAAAAUGUACAUGUGAAGAGCUAAUGGCACCUGGUGCACCUUUCAUCAAAAAAGUGUUGACGGUGACAGGAGAUGCUUUGGGCUGGGGGUUUGUUAUCAGAGGCAAGGCUCCCUGUUAUGUGCAGGCUGUUGACCCUGGAAGCCCUGCAGCAGCUGCUGGGAUUAAGGUGCGACAGUUUGUGUGCCAGGUGAAUGGAUGGUGUGUUCUGCACUUGGACUACAGGACCGUUUCUAGAUUGGUGAUGACAGGACCUCGCACUGUUGUUCUGGAAGUGAUGGAGCCAGUGGAAUGAGUCCUGUUUUGGACAAGGCUACAUUUACUAAAACUUAAAUACAAUAUAAUUUAUUUUUAUUUGUAGAUCCAGUGGGACAGAGUUGAUGGAGGCCCACUUAUUUUUGUCAGUCAUUGAAAAUGUUUGUCUUGGUUGCAGUAAGAAACUACAAAGAGUUGAACCAAUGGUAUGUUCAUGAACCUGAAUUUCUGAACAAUAAAUAUUGCUUUGAUAAAACUGA